AGGAGGUGGGUUCCCCCCCCCCACCCCCACGGCGGGGAGCCAGGGCCGGGCUGCAGUGCCGCUUACUCACCGCUUGUGAGGAGAAGGAGAGGGCGGGCAGUCAGUCUGUCUGUCAGGGGGGUGCGGUUAGAGAGCCCCCCCCCGCCUCCAACUCCGAGCCCCGGGAGGCGGUCAAGCCGGAGGGAAGGCCCACCCCACACCCCCACCGCUACCGCCGUGUGGCCCAUGAGGAGUCAGUCCGCCCCGCACGGCGCCCAUGCCCAGCUCCGGGGGCAACGGAUGCGGCCCGAGUGCCGAGCCCUGCGUUCCCGGGCCUGAGUCCCGCACCGAGUCGGCGGCCCCGGGCUGACUGAGUGGCGCCGGCCUCUGUCUCUCUUCCCUCAUUCUUCCCCCCCUCCACCCGGGGGGGCCUCCGCGCUGCUGCUCAAUCUCUUUCUUUUCUCCCCCCUCACCCCCCCAACACAAACCCCAUUCCUCCCUCCCCUGUGCUGCUACCCUCAGCCCCGGGGGCUCCUGCGGGAGAAAAUCUUGAGGUUGAGGAGGAGGGGAAGCGGUGCUCAGUCACUCUCUCUCCUUUUACCCCCCACCCGCUCUCUGCCCGGGCCCAUGGCUUUCAUCAUGAAGAAGAAGAAGUUCAAGUUCCAGACCUUCUUCAGCCUGGAGGAGCUGGCCGCCGUGCCCUUCGUCAACGGGGUGCUGUUCUGCAAAAUCCGCCUCCUGGAUGGUGGGGAUUUCACCCAGCUCUCAACCAGGGAGGAAGUUCAGGAGAAUUGUGUUCGUUGGAAGAAGAAAUUCAGUUUCAUUUGCAAGAUGAGUGCAAAUCCAGCAACUGGUGUACUGGAUCCUUGUAUCUGCAGAGUAUCUGUACGUAAGGAACUGAAAGGUGGAAAGACGUUUUCUAAGCUUGGAUUUGCUGACCUCAAUCUAGCGGAGUUUGCUGGUUCAGGCUCUACUGCACGCUGCUGUUUAUUGGAGGGUUAUGACACAAAGAAUACACGACAGGACAACUCUAUCCUUAAGGUCACCAUAGGCAUGCAACUGUUGUCGGGAGAUCCUUGUUUCAAAACGCCUGCGUGUACUGCCAAGUCUAUUUCAAUACCAGGCCAAGACAGCUCCUUACAGCUGGACUGUAAGGGAGAUGGGACCACAGACAAUACUGUUGCCUCCGGGCGCUUGCAUUCAGUGAGGCAGCCAAAGCCUCGGCCUCCGCUCAGUUCAGGCCUGACUGAAGAUGCCGAUCAGACCCCGUCCAGUCCAGAUGAAGUAUUUCAAACUGGUCAUUCUCGGAAUUCCAGCUAUGCCAGUCAGCAUUCUAAAGUGUCAGGUUACAGCACUGAGCACUCUCGGUCCUCUAGCCUUUCGGACCUCACUCACCGGCGUAACACAUCCAGCAGCAGCAGUGCCUCUGGAGGGCUCAGUAUAACCGUUGAGAGCACAGAGGGGGAGAAGGAACACAAAGCGGAGAGACCACCCCGGCCCCCGAGGCCAGCACUCCCACCAGAAAGGCCACCCAGGUACACAGCUGUUCUCUUUAAAAGAGGUAGUUCCCUAUCUCUGGAUAGUGCACAUCCUGAUAGCAGGACCCAUAGAAGACGGAAAAAGGAAACAGUCGAGAAUCAACCUACUUGGGUUGAUGACACCAGAAUCGAUGCAGAUGACAUUGUGGAAAAAAUCGUGCAGAGUCAAGAUUUCACAGAUGUCAGUAAUGCUGAAGACAGUAAUUUGAGGCUGUUUGUAAGCAGAGAUGGAACAACAGCACUCGGUGGCAUUCAGCUGGGGAACAGGGUGUCUGCGGGUGUCUUUGAGCCUGUUGUUAUUGAGAGCCGUUGAGAAACUUGAGCCACUCUGCACCUACUUAACCACUUUCCAUUUUGAGCUCCUUGCCUACUGCAUAUCUAGUCUUAUCCAUCAGGUCAUGCCACCCACCAACUCAGCUGGACUGGAGGAGGAGGGUGGCCAUUUAUAUCCAAAAACCACCUCCCCCGCAAGAAUUGGCCGAUGUUGAUUCUGACUUCAUUGGAGUAAAUAGGGAAUUGGGUGGGACUUGGCUCCCAUUUCAAAGAAAAAAACCUCCAUUUGUUUCUUUUUCAGAACCUACUGAACCAGUACGGAGAUCAGGAUUUAAGCUGAGGUAGUUGUUUUUGUGACAUUGAAAUGUCAUUCCAGAAAUCCUCUUGCAGCAACAAUUAAAUGCCAAAACAGUCUUGGCUGAGAGGCGUUUUAAAGGGGAUAGUUUUUCCUUGAAAUAUUGUCAUGCCAGUGUUAUUCCAAGGUAAACCAGAGUACUCGCUUCCCCUCUCCUCAGCCAUUUGUAGACCAGCGCUAAAGACUGCACAUUGCCCUGUGAAUAUUGUUGCAUAAAGAAGAAAUUUACUUUUAAAUGCUUUGAAAGAUUUUAUUCUGUUUCGCCCCAGAUAUUGAGGUUGCUGUGUGUGAGGAAAUCAGUUUGGUUUUAAUCCACCAAAAUUGAUUGUGAUUUUGGUCACUCAAAAACAAAGUUUUCAUUUAAUUAUCAAAAUUUCAGCAUAAUUGCUGUCAAGUGAAGGAGGUUCUUUUUUAAAUCAAAAUGGUGAUAGUCCCAAUUCCAAAUCAGUGUAUCAACCAUGACGCUAUUAACAGACACCAAAUACGGUGAUGUCUUUGCACAGAGUAUUUGUGUAUCUGUGGGGUGUUGGAUUUCUCCUGAAAUGAAGUAAUAGGAUUUUUUUUCUUUAUCCAGUAGUGACAUUUUUCAUGUUUUCAGAUGCUUCCGACUCAAGUCAGGGACUUGCCAUAUUCAUGCCCAUAUAUUCGUUAAUGCACGCUGUAGGAGCGAAUUUCUUUACAGGCAUGGAGCAGGUUCAUUCAUCUUCAUAAAUCAAUUUUUUUUAUAGUUAUGCUUCAAAAGAUAAAUCAAAUGUGUGUUUUAACCAGUACUGUCCAAACUUACUAAAAGGCUGGCUUUAAAGGUUCCAGUCUAGUGGCAUGCUGUUGCAAUAACAGUGAUCUAGUCAGAGGUAUUCUGAGGAGAAGUGAAUCCUGUGUGCUGUGCUUCCUACUUGCAAAGACUAGCGAUGCACCACUGAACCAGCCAAUGGAUGACUAUUAUACCUUUAAUUUGUGCCCAACUGUUCAGAACAGUAGUGGGCAAGUGUCUCAAAAGCCGUUAGUAAGUGGCUUUAGUACAGGCUUUUCCUGCUUUGAAACGAGGUUCCUGUAAACCUUUUGGGGGUGAAAUUUGUUUUUUUCCCCAGAUUGAUUAUGGGCCAGUAGAGUACAGUUUUACUUCCCAGUCGAUCUGAGGGAUUUGCUAAAGAAGUGCCACAGCUUUUUGCUCCACAGCAUUAACAGCUGGCUGUGUAUUUUGUACAAUACCACGCUAGUGCAACACUCAAUUCUUCCCCAUUGAAGAAUCUAGUAAGGAGAAUUGAGAAUCUGGGAAAUGCACUUCUCUGCAUUGCUUGUCUCCGACCUGUCGGUCUGAGUGCAUAAUCUGAUGGGUCCAGAUCUUGGCCUAUUCAGGCCUGAGCUAGUUUGCUGCAAGCAGCAUCUGUUGUCUCUGGUGGAGCAAAUGAGUCCAGUGAUUCAUGACUAGAGGCUGUAGCUCUUUAACAAUGUCAUUUUCCUGUUCCUGUCUGAAUAUCCUGGCGUUGGUUAGCUAUGCACUUUGAAGACCUGUACAUUUCUUACACUAGCCUUGUCGUCUUGCUUAUUGCAUGCCACUUGUGAAUAUUGUGGCUCAGUUUGACGUAAUGUGAACGGUUAACUUGUCCACUAUCUGUAUCUGUGGUAUAUUUGAGGCCUAAAAUUCAAGGCUGUGAUGAAUCUUAUCUCUUGAUUUUUGUACUGUUCUAAGAACUGUUCUGUGACAACUAGUGAGGAAAAUUCUUGCUUAAGCUUUUUUUUUGAUUGCAGAGCCAAAAUUAACACUUAACCUGCUGGGAAAUUACUUCUGUUGCGCAGACUGGUUCAUAAAUAACCAAAAAAAAAACCACCUUCAGGCAACUAAAAUCUGCAUAUUUGUUCAA